CACAAAGCAAUAAAUAUUUUUUAUCUUGUUAUAGUAUAUUUUCUAGUGGAUAAAUACAAUCACAGUUAAAUUUCCUUUAAUAAUGGCUAAUCGUGACCGUAUAACUAUUAAAAGAAAGAUUGUUGCCGAUGGAAUUUUUAAAGCCGAAUUAAAUGAAUUUUUAACCCGAGAAUUGGCUGAAGAUGGGUACAGUGGUAUUGAAAUAAGAAGUAGUCUCAAAAAAACCGAAAUUAUAAUAUCUGCCACCAGAACUCAAAAUGUUUUAGGUGAGAAAGGCAAAAGAAUCAGAGAACUAACUUCAGUUAUACAAAAAAGAUUUAAUUUUCCUGAAGGUUCUAUAGAAUUAUAUGCAGAAAAAGUUGCCUCUCGUGGUUUGUGUGCAAUCGCCCAAUGUGAAUCAUUGAGAUAUAAAUUAAUUGGGGGAUUAGCUGUUAGGAGAGCAUGUUAUGGAGUGUUGAGAUUUAUAAUGGAAGCAGGAGCUCAAGGAUGUGAAGUAGUUGUUUCUGGGAAGCUUAGAGGACAAAGAGCAAAGUCAAUGAAAUUUGUUGAUGGCUUGAUGAUUCAUAGUGGUGAACCAAAAAAUGAAUAUGUUGAUACAGCUGUAAGACAUGUAUUGUUAAGACAAGGUGUAUUGGGAAUUAAAGUUAAAAUUAUGUUGCCAUAUGACCCAAAUGGAAAGAUAGGGCCAAAAAAUCCUUUACCAGAUCAUGUUACUAUAUUAGAACCCAAGGAAGAAGGAGAAAUUAAAAUACAUAGUGAAAUUAAAGAAAAGCCAGUUAUGCAACAACCAAUGCAGAUGCAAAAUUGAUAUUCCCAUUUUAUAAUUAU